UCUUGAAUCUCGGCUGUGUAAACAUUUCUGGUUGUCUGUUGUUUUCUGGGAACUGCAGGACAAAUGAAGAGGAACAGGGGGGACGACAUAGACUUUGAGACGCCGGGCUCCAUUCUGGUGAAUACAAACCUGCGGGCGCUGAUCAAUUCCAGGACCUUCAACGCUCUCCCCCUGCACUUCCAGCAGCAGCUUCUCCUCCUCCUCCCUGAAGUGGACAGGCAGCCUGGGACAGACGGACUGCUGCGCCUGAGUGGAAGUGCCCUCAAUAACGAGUUUUUUGCUCAUGCCGCCCAGAGCUGGCGGGAGAGGCUGGCAGACGGGGAGUUUACUCACGAGAUGCAGGUCCGCAUCAGGCAGGAAAUGGAGAAGGAAAAGAAAACAGAAAUCUGGAAAGAGCAGUUUUUCGAGGACUAUUAUGGGCAGAAGCUGGGCUUGACCACAGAAGAGAAGAAUUUGGCCCCCAGUGAGGCAGAGAAGAGGACCACAGCCGCCUCCCCAGAAGGCCCAGCCAGGGCGCCCUGCACUCCCACACCCCACCAGCCGGACGGCCACUUCAAGAGGCGCUCCCUCCGCUGCCGGAACCGCCGGAACCGGCAUAAGUUGCACGAAGCGGAGCCUUCCUCCCUUGCCAAAGAGGCAUCCUCCUCCUCAUCUGCGGAGGCCACACCUGUCGGGGAGAGAGAGGCCAAUCCUGCCACGGAGUGCCAAGCCAGCCGGGCAUCUCCCUCAGCCGAGAUGUCCCUGGAGGUGACGAAGGUCUUGAGCAAGGUGGAUGAGGCCGUGGCGGCAGCGGCGGCGGCGGCGGCAACCCCGGACCGAAUUCCCAGCCUGCCUCUGGGGCCGCAGGAGCAGCCGAAGAGGAAGUGCUUCGAGCAGCCGGCCUCUCCCUCUUUCCCCGAAAAGAAGCCCCGGCUUGAGGAUCGUCAGUCCUUUCGUAACACAAUUGAAAGUGUUCACCCAGAAAAGCCACAGCCCACCAAAGAGGAGCCUAAAGUCCCUCCCAUCCGGAUUCAACUUUCCCGAAUCAAACCCCCCUGGGUGGUUAAAGGUCAGCCAGCCUACCAGAUAUGUCCUCGGAUUAUCCCCAAUCCAGAACCCAUCAGGCCGGACCGAAGGGGGAGCCCAACCUCUGCUGACUCUGAGGCCUGUCCUUUGCAAGACCGAGUCCAGCGAGCGGCUUCUACUCCUGCCUCCACCAUUGGAGGUGGGGGUGGGCCGGGAGGAGGCGGCGGAAGGAGCCCAGACGAAGGCGGUGGUGGUGGUCGCGGCGGCAGCAGCAGCGGCAACAUCAACAACAGCCGGGUCCGGCAAUCCAGGGGCCACCGCGCCAAGCACUGGCGUCGCAAGAGAACUCGUGGGAAGCGCUGGUCAGAUUUACAGCGAGCACAGCUAUUGCCGCCUUCCCACCUAGCUGGGAAGAGUGCCGGCUGGCAGGAGCCUGAAGCGAGCUUGCCUUCUCAGGCCAGAGAGCCUGCCGGCAAAGCGGAGCUCGAGCAGGGUGGACAGGCCGCGAGUCUUCCUUCCCAGGAAGCUGCUGCCCAGCUGAAGGAGUCGUCGGAAGGCAGCAGCGUCCCAGAUCGCAGAGCGGCGGAAGGGCCGGUCGGUUGCCCUGGUCACCUUUUGGAUGAUCCCAGGCCUCCACCUUCUCCCGAUGCUCCUCUGGAGGGCCGUAAUCAGAAGGAGAGAAGGGAAUCUCCUGUGGGGAGCCAGCCGAGCAAUGGCUGGCUAGGAGGAGACUCCAAAAGCAGCCUCUUCGGAGCCACAAGCGGGAAGGAGGGCUGUGACUUGUCUUCUGAGAGCAACACAGGAGUUGGCUCACAGGGAUUGUCUUCUCCUGCUUGGGAGGGCCUUCCAGAGGACCCCAGUCUUAUUGGGAUGGACCUUCCACCAUACCAAACUCAGAGGGCCACACCAGGGCCCGGAAGAGGGGCCCUAAGUAGCCCAGAGGAAGCUUCCCAGUCGACAACAGGCCUGCUCCCUCCUUGCCGCGAUAUGACCAUCCACGAGAGCCCAGCAGCGGCAUCCUCAGGCAUGGAGGUAGAGACCGACCGAGAGCGGGCAACGGCAGGGCCGAGCGCCAGCCCCGGCAAUGACGAGGAAGCCCAGAGUCCACUGAGUGAGACCACAGAGACGGCCUCCGAUUUGGACGCUGAGCUCACCGAUGAGAACUUGGAGAUCAACGGGGAUUGUCGCCAGGCUGAAGAGAGGGAAGAUGGGUCGGACCAGAGGCGCUCGGAGGGACGCAGAGAGGUCAUCUCAGAAAGCAGGGAAGGUUUGCCUUCGGAUGUCAGGGUUGUCGACUUACACUGCAGGACAAGGUUGCUGGCGCCUAUCCUCGCCGCGGGCAAGUCAGUUCUCCCUGUUGAUGUCGCAGUCCAGGAAAGGUCCUGCUCGGGCGUCCCCCAGCCUGUGUCCACUGAAGCAAGCGAGCCCCACGAGGGACGAGUAAUCACCCAGGGCCUGCCUCCCAAAAGCAUUUUGCCGGCCUCUUCUGAGGCGGCCGCAGCCUCUUCUCGGGACAAACGUCCGGCAGAGAUUCGCCCUUUCCCCGAAGCGGUUAAGGGUGGUGACCACCUCGUGCAGGAUGUCUCUUACAGGGAGGGGACAGGCCUGAGUGACCCGGCCAGGAAGGCCACGCGUGCACCCCAACCUUUGUGGGACUCUGCCGAAAGGGCCUGCCUGCCUCUGGAGAAGAGUCCCAAUUUAGGAUCCCUGGAUCAAGCCGUCAAUCAAUCCCUGAAAACAGAUCUCUCAAAUCUGGGAAAGAAUCCGAUCUCUCCCUGUUCGCAUCCAGAUAAAUUGGAUCCUUCCCGGGCAAUUUCUACUGCCAGCAUCGGGAAGCUGGACGAGAAGCUCAAGAUGGCCCCGGGGCCCAAGCUGCCUCUGCGCACGACUUCUCUGGGGCCGGAGCAGCCGAGCAACGGCCCCGCAGAGAAACCCCCCGCGGCUCUGGGCAGGAAGGUCUUCGGCUCGGGCGUCUCUGGCGGGGCUUCAGCCAAGGCCCAGAAGCCCCAAGGCUCGGAGCCCUUCCCCAUGUGGGCCAUGCUGUCCCACAGCAAAGUGGUCUCUCCCCCGCCCAAGGCUGUUGCCCUGGGAGCCUGCUUGCCUCCUGCGAGGGAGGACUGGCCAUCCAAGAGGAACGCUGGGUCAGCAGAGAACAAGAAGGUCCUGGCCUCCGUCCAGAGAAAGAGGGAGCAGCAGAAAGAGGCCCCUCCCCAGUUGAUGGAGCCUUGGCAGAGCCUCCCCCUGGUGAGGGACCUGGCUUUUUUCAAGCUGCCGAAGGAGCCGGGGAAGGGGGCCACGCAGCCCCUGGAGCCUUCCUCCCUCCCUUCCCAGCUCAACAUCAAGCAGGCGAUUUACGGGAAGCUCUCCAAGCUGCAGCUGAAUUCCUCCCACCUGAAUUACGCCUCUUCAGCAGGCAGACCCUUUUUCCCCAGCAACCUGGAAGGCAGCACCGGCCCCUUCGGCCCCAAAGCCAACUUGACGGCGUCUUCCCGGGGCAGGCUGUCUUUCUCCGCCCAGGUGUUCGCCGAGACGGGCAAAGGCAUGGAAGAGCUCUCCCUCAAGUGCUCCUGCAGCCUCAAAGCCAUGAUCAUGUGCCAGGGCUGCGGGGCCUUUUGCCACGACGACUGUAUCGGGCCCUCCAAGCUUUGCGUGCUGUGCCUUGUGGUCAGAUGACACUCACGGCCCCGGGAAGGAAAAGCUGUAUAUUGACAGGUUCAGAGGAGGUAGAGGAGGAGGACGCCGACCAGGAACGACCGUAUAUGCAAAAGAUUCUGGUCCUAACGAAGCCAAUAUGGACGCUGUUAUGUCUUGGGUUUCCCUGCUGGGGGUGGCAAGUCAGUCAUGGAGACAGGCUGGUUUCAGAGGGUGGAUUGGAGACCUCCUGUCGAGGAACUCUGGUUUGGAGAUCCGGCCCGUUGGCGCUCGGACCGUUCUUGUGCCGUGAGCCCCAUCCCGGUGACGUGGGUACGAGGGAAGAGCUGACCUCUCCCUCCCCCCCUCCUAUUCAAAGGCCAAGGGAAAGAGGCCCGAGCUGAAUCUGUCUUCCAUUUUGUCUCCCUGCCACCUCCCUCCCUCCCUCCCUCCCCCCAAGCGCUGGGCUCGGGUCGAACCGGAGACGCAAGGCGGUGGGUUUCGGAGAAGAGGAGGCCGAAACGCGUCUCCCCCUCCCUGUGUCUGGGAAGACUGUUCACUUUUGAAGCAGUGCCAUCUUUUU